AUGUGUGAGGUUUUGAAUGUUUCCGAAUGCCAAUUCUUAUUGUGUAAUGAUGACUGACUCUCUUCAGUGGAUCAACAACUUAUUGUAACAUUGCAUUGUUUAAUCAUCUUCUGAGAAGUGGACAUGUUCUCCUCUCUGACUGUCCACUGGGCUGUGUGUCCUCAGGCACGGGGGAGAGUGGGAAAACCACCUUCAUCAGACAGAUGAGGAUCAUCCAUGGAAGAGGCUUCUCUGAGGAGGAAAGACGGGACUUCGCCAAGCUCAUCUACCAGAACAUCUUCACGGCUGUGAAGGCAAUGACCCGGGCCAUGAACACCCUCAGACUGCCCUAUGCCUACCCAGAGAAUGAGGUCAGGGUCUGGUUACAUACUGUACAUACUGUUCAAUCAAACUGGCCUAACCAUGAGUGAAAGGCACCCUCUGUAGGGUCUAUUUACCAAAACAAAACACAUUAUACACAUGUCGUUUCUGUGUUUUUGAUUUGUAAGGCUUUCACAGAUUUUUCUUUGACCCUGUGGGUCAGACAUUUGCACCAAUUAAAGCCCCUCUAUCUGCCCUCAGAUGUAUGACAGGUGGAUGCAGGAUGUGGACACAGUGCAGGUCACCCAGCUGGACAGAGGCUAUGUGGAUGCCAUCCACCGUCUCUGGGCCGACCCAGGCCUCCGGGUCUGCUACAGCCGCCGCAGCGAGUACCAGCUGCUGGACUCCACAGAGUAGUGAGUACCACCAGUCUCUCUCUGGCUCUCUGUCUUUAUCUCUCUCUGUCUCUCUCUCUGUGGGACAUAUUUACUAAGCAUUUGCCCCAAGUGCAAUAUUUGCUAAAUUUGCACCUGUUUUUUUCAGUAGAGGAUGAAAAACGAUAAAGUAGACGUAGAUGGUUUUUGUUUCCUUGGUAAAAUGUACCUAUGUAAAUACAAAAUGUUAUAUUUAAUAAUCCCAAUUAAUGAAAAAAUACGAUUGUUUAAUUCACAAAACUGUGUCCCCAUUGUACAGCACUGUACAUUGUACACUGUCCUUAUCAACUGCAAAGUCCAUGAUGUCCAUUGGAGGGGGCUAGUUCUCCACAAAUAAAUACAUAACCAGACCUCAGCCAUGUUAUAAACACAUAUACACAAACAGCCAUCUUGUCAGGCACCAUUUGAUUUGAUGUUAUAAAUCAAAUCAAUUAGCAGAGAGAACAGUCUACGGCUUGGGUGGCUGGAGUCUUUGACAAUUUUUUGGGCCUUCCUCUGACACCGCCUGGUAUAGAGGUCCUGGAUGGCAGGGAGCUCGUGAGCUCGUCCCCAGUGAUGUACUGGGCCGUACUCACCAGCCUCUGUAGCACCUUUUGGUCUGGUGCCUUGCAGUUGCCGUACCAAGCGGUGAUGCAGCCAGUCAAGAUGCUCUCAAUGGUGCAGCUUUAUAACUUUUUGAGGAUCUGAGGGCCCAUGCCAAAUCUUUUCAGCCUCCCAAGGGAGAAGAGGCGUUGUCGUGCCCUCUUCACAACUGUGUAGGUGUGUGUGGACCAUGUUAAUUCCUUAGUGAUGUGAACACCGAGGAACUUGAAGCUCUCAACCCACUCCACUACAGCCCUAUCGAUGUGGAUGGGGGCGUGCUCAUCCCUCCUAUUCCUGUAGCUCAAUUCAUUCUGCACUACUCAAUUUGUGUUGAUUGUUGUUGUAUGUAACAUACAGUUGAUAUUACAUGUCUUAUGUAUAGAAUGAACUUGCUACUGCCAUUGUCAUUACCUUGGGAAAGAUAAUUGUAUCACAUUUGUUACGUGUUCGCUGUCUUUCUUUGUCUUUGUCUGUUUCUGUACUUUUCAGCUACAUGACCAAUCUGGACCGCAUAUCUGCCCCAGACUACAUCCCCACUGAUCAGGACGUACUGCGGGUUCGAUUCCCCACCACUGGCAUCCAUGACUACUCCUUCACUGUGAAGACCAUCACACUCAGGUGGCCAAACCCUCACUCAGAUCGCUCACCUUGGACUCACCCAGACGUCAAGGGAAAUAAUAGAACACUAGAGCUGCACUUGUCUCCCGAGUGGCGCAGUGGUCUAAGGCACUGCAUCGCAGUGCUAGCUGUGCCACUAGAGAUCCUGGUUCGAAUCCAGGCUCUGUCGUAGCCGGCCGCGACCGGGAGACCCAUGGGGCGGCGCAUAAUUGGCCCUGCGUCGUCCAGGGUAGGGGAGGGAAUGGCCGGCAGGGAUGUAGCUCAGUUGGUAGGGCAUGGCGUUUGCAACGCCAGGGUUGUGGGUUCAAUUCCCAAGGGGGGCCAGUAUGAAAAAUACAAAAAAAAAUAAUGUAUGCACUAACUGUAAGUCGCUCUGGAUAAGAGCGUCUGAAAAAAAAUAAAAAUAAUAAUAGAUCGUGGACCACACUAUAGGCUAUCUUUGAUAUUGUCUGACUCUACCCUUGGCUGCUUUGGACACAGUGGAAUUACAAGCACAUACAAUCACAUUUGGCAUUAUACAGAAAACUUGCUGAAAACACACUAAUUUAUUUGUAUGUUUUUGAACAUGGCGAUGUCAUUGUUUUUUCAGAGACCUUUGUAUUAUUAAUAUGAAAGGUCCAGCUGUGUUCAGGUGUGGUGUUUUUCACCACCCCUGUUGUGAAAGGUUCAACUGUAAUUUGUCUCUGUAAUCAGGCAGGCAGGAUACAGUGGGGUAGAAAUGGAAAGGUAUCAAUUAUGGCAUUUUUAGAGCCAGAUGCUCUAUGAGGCUCAUUUGAAUGAGGACUAGGAAACUGUGAAAAACAGGUUUGAUGUGUGACAGCAGGAGAGAGAAGAAAGGAGUCUCGGUAUACACAGGAGGAUAUGCCUCUCAGCCUUUCUCACAGUGUUAACUACACCUCAGACACUUCUAGCUCAUUAACAACUCUGACCAGCUGCCUCGCCAAGACAAGGCCCCUGCCAUGCGUGGCAUCACAAACACCUUAUUGAUAAAGGGCACAAUGGUGUGUGUGAGUGUGUUGAAAGAUGCUCUAAUAGGUGUUCUCAUCUCUCUUCGGGUAGGAUUGUGGAUGUGGGUGGACAGAAGUCAGAGAGGCGGAAGUGGAUCCAUUGUUUUCAGGACGUCACAUCCCUCAUUUUCCUGGCUUCCCUCAGCGAGUACGACCAGGUCCUGGAGGAGAGAGAGACUAAUGUGAGUACCUGUCUGUCUGUCUGCCUGCCUGUCUGACUGUCUCGGCCUGCCUGUCUGGCUGCCUGUCUCUGCCUGUCUGGCUAUAUGUCUGACUGGCUGGCUGCCUGCCUGCCAGCCUGCCUGCCUUCCUGUCUGUCUAUCUGUCUGUCCUCUGUGUCGUGCUGCUGCUCCAGUUUCAACUCUUCUGCCUGCGGCAAUGGAACCCUGACCUGUUCACCGGAUGUGCUACCUUGUCCCAGACCUGCUGUUUUCAACUCUCUCUCUCUACCACACCUGCUAUUUCAACCUCUAAAUGCCCGGCUAUGAAAAGCCAAGUGACAUUUACUCCUGAUGUUGCGACAGGUCAGUACCUCUACAACCACUGUGAUUAUUAUUUGACCCUGCUGGUCAUCUAUGAACGUUUGAACAUCUUGGAGAAAAAUCUGUCCUUAAUGGCCAUGUACUGUUAUAAUCUCCACCCGGCACAGCCAGAAGGGGACUGGCCACCCCUCAAAGCCUGGUUCCUCUCUAGGUUUCUUCCUAGGUUUCUGCCUUUCUAGGGAGUUUUUCCUAGCCACCGUGCUUCUACAUCUGCAUUGCUUGCUGUUUGGGGUUUUAGGCUGGGUUUCUGUAUAGCACUUUGUGACAUCUGCUGAUGUAAAAAGGGCUUUAUAAAUACAUUUGAUUGAUUGAUUGAUUGAUUGUUGGCCUUCAUUUCAUGGUAUAGUUUGUAUUUUGGUCUCAACCAAGUAAACAUUGAAACCUCCAUCAAGGUUUUUCUAUUCAGAGUUUUUUCUGGCCAUGGCCAACAGGUUUCACUGUUGCGUAUCAAAACCUGCUGCCAUACCACUAUCUCUCCAACCCUCCCUCCCUCCUGACCAAGGCUCACUAAGCCGCUUAUCUUUCCUGGACGCUUUUGAGUCUCUCUCUAAAUUCAUUAACCUCCACUGUGCCCCUGUCCCCAUAUACUCUCCUCGCACCCCUCUCCCACCUCUCCCCUCCCUCUCUCCCCCAUCAGAACCGUAUGGAGGAGAGCUUGGCUCUGUUCUACACCACCAUCCACUCCCCUUGGUUCCUCAACACCUCCAUCAUCCUCUUCCUCAACAAGACAGACAUCCUUGCUGAUAAGAUCCAGGCGUCCGACCUGCAGAAGUACUUCCCAGGGUUCACAGGUAGGUCUACACACACACACACACACACACACACACACACACACACACAUCCCCUCCAUCGAGGUAGAUAAUAGAAGUGUGAUGAUGGAUGUAAACACAUUGAAUCACAUCCUUUGGUGUUAGUUUUUCUUUCUCAGUGCGAUGGAGUUGUAGCUAACUGUUGCUUCUGGCUGGAAUAACAGAAACCUUAUGACAGGGUUCCUCAACUGGCAGGUUUUUGUAUUAUUGUUGGACAUGUAAAAAUAAUACUGCAAAAACACCAGCAAAUUAGCUCCAAGUGAUUUUAGUUUUGGAAAUCUGUUCCAAAGUAUUCCCACGCAUAAUAGUGAGAUACUGUAUACACUACCGUUCAUAAGUUUGGGGUCACUUAGAAAUGUCCUUGUUUUCGAAAGAAAAGCAAUUUUUUUGUCCAUUAAAAUAACAUCAAAUUGUGCCGAAAUCCAGUGUAGACAUUGUUAAUGUUGUAAAUGGCUAUUGUAGCUGGAAACGGCUGAUUUUUAAUGGAAUAUCUACAUAGGCGUACAGAGGCCCAUUAUCAGCAACCAUCAGUCCUGUGUUCCAAUGGCACGUUGUGUUUGCUAAUCCAAGUUUAUCAUUUUAAAAGGCUAAUUGAUCAUUAGAAAAUAAUUUUGCAAUUAUAUUAGCACAGCUGAAAACUGUUGUGCUGAUUAAAGAAGCAAUAAAACUGGCCUUCUUGAGACUAGUUGAGUAUCUGGAGCAUCAGCAAUUGUGGGUUCGAUUACAGACUCAAAAUGGCCAGAAACAAAUAACUUUCUUCUGAAACUCGUCAGUCUAUUCUUAUUCUGAGAAAUUAAGGCUAUUCCAUGUGAGAAAUUGCCAAGAAACUGAAGCUCUCGUACAACGCUGUGUACUACUCCCUUCACAGAACAGCGCAAACUGUCUCUAACCAGAAUAGAAAGAGGAGUGGGAGGCCCCGGUGCACAACUGAGCAAGAGAACUAAUACAUUAGAGUGUCUAGUUUGAGAAACAGACGCCUCACAGGUCCUCAACUGGCAGCUUCAUUAAAUAGUACCCGCAAAACACCAGUCUCAACGUCAACAGUGAAGAGGUGACUCCGAGAUGCUGACCUUCUAGGCAGAGUUGCAAAAAAAAAUUACAUAUCUCAGACUGGCCAAUAAAAAGAAAAGAUUAGGAUGGGCAAAAGAACACAGACACUGGACAGAGGAAGAUUGGAAAAAAGUGUUAUGGACAGACAAAUCGAAGUUUGAGGUGUUCGGAUCACAAAGAAUAACAUUUGUGAGACGCAGACCAAAUGAAAAGAUGCUGGAGGAGUGCAACCAUAAAUACCCUGCACUUUACCAAGCCAUCACUCCUUCCUCCAUAAACUCUCUGAAUUGAAUUUUGUCACAUACACCAAAUAGGUGCAGUGAAAUGUGUUGUUUUACAGGGUCAGCCAUAGUAGUGGAGCAAAUUAGGUGUCAUCGACAGAUUUUUCACCUUGUCGGCUUGGGUAUUCGAACCAGUGACCAUUCGGUUAUUAGCCCAACACUCUAACCGCCAGGCUACCUGACACCCUGAGGUUAGGUUCAUCCAUAUUGGCAGUUUGAUGUAAAGUUGCCAUUUAAACUUGUUGCACUAUAACGUUGCGAUGGUAACAUUAUGUGAUGGUUGCCUUUGUAUGAAAAACCAUUAAAUAUGUUCUAUCUUGGCAUUUUAUCCUUUUCUUUUCAUUUUUGUUUCUAUUGGCCUCCAAUUUCUCUUUCCCAUUUACCCACAUCCCCUGACCUCUUCUCUCCCCUCUCUCACUCUCCUCCCUCACUGUGGUUGUCUCCAUCUCUUUCCUGUCCCCUGUCCUCCUCCUCACCCCACACCCGAAGGAAAGCGACGUGACGCUCAGGAUGCUAUGAAGUACAUCCAGAAGAUGUAUGAGCAGCAGGCUCGCAGCCGGGACAAGGAGGAGAGCAAGACGCUGUACCCCCACUUCACCUGCGCCACCGACACCAACAACAUCCGCAAGGUAUUCAGUGACGUCAAGGACACUGUGCUCCUCAGGUCCCUCAGGGACUACGGGGUGAUAUGA